AGAGGGCCUGCUGCUGAUUGGCGGAAGCCUAAAGCGUCAGAGGGAUACGUUCUAGGAAUUCAUUCUUAGAUUGCCCGGCCCUCCCAGCGCAGAUGGCUAGAGCUUCGCAGGGCGGUCGUUGGGUCGGAGGCACGGAGUGACCGGGCGCCCCUGCCUUUUCCCGCAGCAGCGGCGAUGGAGAUGGACCGGAGGAGGGUCCCGGAGGAGGAGGAAGCGGAGGAGGAAGGCGAGGCCGCGGGGCCCCGGAGGAGGAGGAGGGUUGGCUUCCCGGGGCGGCAGAGUCUGCUGGAGUCGGUGUCGCGGUGGAUGCUGCCUGAGGCCUCGGCGCGGGCCUCCUACCUCUCCCGGGCCAGCUGCCUCCCGCCGCCGCUCUUCAUCCUGGCCGCCAGCGUCGCCGAGCUGUCCGUCUUCAUCUACUACGCGGUCUGGAAGCCCCAGCAGCAGUGGGUGACCCUGGAGAGCGGCGUCUGGGAGAGCCCCCUCAUCUACCGUCCGGACAAGCGGAGCCAGGCCUGGCGCUUCUGCUCCUACAUGCUGCUCCACGCCGGCAUUGAGCAUAUCUUGGGAAACCUGGUGCUGCAGCUUGUCUUGGGGAUCCCCCUAGAACUGGUUCACAAAGGGCAUCGUGUCGGACUGGUCUACCUCGCAGGUGUGCUUGGAGGGUCCUUGGCGAGCUCAGUCUGUGAUCCGCUCCUGGGCCUGGUUGGAGCGUCAGGAGGCGUCUAUGCUCUGAUUGGAGGGUACUUCAUGAAUGUUCUGGUGAACUUCAGAGAAAUGAUCCCACUGUUUGGAGUUGCCAGGUUGCUCUUCAUCUUCCUAAUAGUUGGAACGGAUGUAGGAUUUGCUUUGUACAGAAGAUUUCUCUCAGAUGUGGAUGGGCUGAAGGUAAAAGCAUGCCUCUUGGGACCAAAUUACAGAUGUCUGCAUCAUUCUCUUGCCAAUUCUGCUGAAUAUAACGGGAUGCCCUUCUCCCCCUUUCUAUCCAGACUUCCAGCGGUUACUCCUCCUUGCUCAGAUAUCUGGAUACUGCUUCUCUUUCUUUUGUUGUAUUUGCAGCCACUAACACUCUCUUUCUCUGGUGAGGUUGGCAUGAAGCAGAGGCUGUGCUGGUGGUCCUCUUUCCUUCCCCAGUGAGGCUGUGAGGGGCUCCCUGUAGGAAGGGUGGCAGGGAAGGCCCACAGCUCCAGCUUGCAAUGGCCCUGCCUGGAAGGAGAUUGCCAGACCUGUCCCAGGGAGCCGGGUGAGUCCUCAGCUGAGUCACCUGUCUGCAAAUGGGAUUGCUGUGUCCUCUUGGCAUCAUCACAGGUGUAAAAGAGACAAAAGGCAGAGCUUAGACACAAUCCUUUUCCUCUUUCAGCGAAGGGAGGCAUGACCCCUCUGGGGUCUCUUUGGGGUUCUCCUCAAAGCAAUUGGGGCUAGAGACAGGAGGUGGGGGACCAAAAGGAUGGCCCAAGCCUUGCUGAACAUGCCUCUGGGGGCCCUCUGUGAGCGAGUGCCUCCUCUCCCUCUGCGAGGCCUUUGCUGCCGUGGCUCCUCUCUCCUCAGCCGUCCCUCCUUCCCGCACGACGCUCUUGUGGGUAAGUCCUGCCCUUCUGCCGCCUGGGCUCUUCCUUCCCAGCUUCCGCGGCCGUCUGUGGCCAAGUGACCCUCCGUGCCCCAAAGUCUCGCCGCCACUAAGCGCACCUGUGUGUUUGUGUGUGUUUGUUUUCUCUCCCAAGGUUUCCUUUGUGGCUCACAUAGCUGGCGGACUUGCCGGGAUGUCAGUAGGUUAUGUCAUUUUCAGCUCCUUUGAUAAGAACUUUGUCAAGGACCCCAGAUUCUGGGUCUGUGUAAUUGGCUAUUUGCUCUUUGUGGUGUUUGC